AUGGCCACGCACUGCGCCCGCCACCGCCUCCGGCUGGAACCGCCGCCGUUACGCCCUGCCGCCACCGCCGGACCGAGCGCCUCAAGCCCCGAGGAGCACCGCCGCAAGCCAAGCCUGCCCCGCGCAGACCCCUUCGCGCGCGGUGUGGAGUUUCAGACAGAGAACAACGACGAUAUCUUCAGAGACAGAGAGGUUCUUGGUGCGGCUGCAAGGCACCUUGCAAAGCCUGGAUCGGCACCGGCGGCAUCUCUUCCUUCUUUCAGGGUAACUGCUGCAAAAACUACCAGUGCAGGCAGUCUGUUUUCUAUAAGAUUUAACAGCAAUGGUCCAGAAAGGGUUGUACAUGACUACCAAAAGAGUUAUCCAUUGUUUUCUUCAGAUCUCUCCAAUUACGUGAAAGCCCUCAUCAGAAUUGAAUUGCGACCCCCAGGAGCACAUGCUAAUUCAGCCACAAAUUCAACAAGUUCAAAUGAUGUCAAGAGGGUUGACGGAAAAAGUUGUACAUUCGAUGCUGUGAACGACGUGUCGAUGAAUUCAACCACAAAAUUCAGUGAUGUGAAGGGAGUAGACGAAGCCAAAGCUGAGCUCGAGGAUAUAGUUCACUACCUAAGAGAUCCCAUGCAUUUCACGCGUCUUGGUGGCAAGAUACCAAAGGGUGUUCUGCUUGCUGGCUCACCUGGUACAGGUAAGACCAUGUUGGCAAGGGCUGUGGCAGGGGAAGCGGGCGUCCCAUUCUUCACGUGCAGCGGCAGCGAUUUUGAGGGGAAGUAUAUAGGCGAUGGGGCUAAAAGAGUGAGGGAACUCUUCGGUGCAGCAAAGAAGCAAUCCCCUUGCAUAGUAUUCAUCGAUGAGGUUGACUCCGUUGCUGGGCGUAGAAACUCAGAAGAUGCAACAUGGCAGAGGCAGACACUGAACCAGCUGCUUUCUGAGAUGGAUGGCUUCAAGCAGAAUGACGGGAUCAUCAUUCUUGCGGCGACCAACUUCCCCCAGUCGCUAGAUACAGCUAUCGUUAGACCUGGUCGUUUUGACCGUCAUAUUCAAGUUCCUAAUCCAGAUGUGGAGGGCCGGCGGCAGAUCUUGGAGGCUUGUAUGUCAAGGGUCAAAGCCCAGGGUGUGGACAUGAUGAUCCUUGCGAGAGGAACACCGGGAUUUUCAGGUGCAGACCUUACAAACUUAGUGAACGUGGCUGCUCUGAAGGCUGCCAAAGAUGGGGCUGAAGCUGUUAUGAUGGAUCACAUUGAAUACGCCAAGGACAGAAUCUUGAUGGGCAGCGAGCGCAAAUCGGCGGUGAUACCUGAUAACGUCAGGAAGAUGACUGCGUACCACGAGGGAGGGCGUGCCCUUGUUGCUAUCCACACCGAUGGUGCUCGCCCUAUCCACAAGGCUACCAUUAUCCCGAGGGGAAACUCACUUGGCAUGGUGACGCAGCUGCCAGAUGAAGAAGAUACGUAUAAUGUCUCAAGGAAGAAGAUGCUGGCGGAAUUGGAUAUCCGCAUGGGAGGCAGGGUGGCCGAGGAGAUUAUAUUUGGAGCAGGCGAGGUGACCCUUGGCGCCUUGUCUGAUCUGAGCGAGGCAACUCAUCUGGCGACCGACAUGGUCACCAAGUAUGGCCUUGUUUUCUAUGGUGAUGGUGCCGGUGGGAAGAAGGCCACCCUGAGCGGGCAAAUGGUAGCCCAGGUCGAUGAUGAAGUGAAUAAUUUACUUGACAAAGCUUAUAAGAACGCAAGAAACAUUGUCACGGCGCAUAGUCAGGAGCUUCAUGUGCUAGCGGACGCGCUCCUUGAUCAUGGAACUCUCACUGGAGAUCAGAUCAUGCAGCUAGUUCACCAAGUAAAUAAAUGGUUCUAGCAAUAGUUAGCAGAAUUAGGAAACACCGUCCGCCCUAAGAUUUCACUUCUUUUGUAAAGAGAUGUACGGUCUCAGUUUCACUGACUUC